AUGAAUGACAAUCUCGUGACCGCAUACAAGAUCACCCUCUCAACGUCGCGUCUUCCCUCUACAUCGACCUGGAAUGCGCCUAUGGCAGACUCGGAGCCCACCCCCACCGACUUGUUUCUCCCUCCUUCCUUUCCCUUUCCCAUCAAAGUAAUUUCCAUCGACGCGAAUUCCCAAAUUAAGCGGGGCACGCGGCUCUUAACCUACUCCUUUGUGCAUGUCCCAGCCCAACGAAAUGCCCAACCCGAAUCACGCUUCGGUACUUGGGACUCGGCCAUUGAAGGCAACAUCGUCAACUGGACUGUCACCGUCGGGGAUGUCAUCUCAGCCCGCAAAGCACGCGAACAGCCCGUUGUGCUGGUAUUGGAGGAGUGCAAACAUGGCAUGCAAGUAGGAGGAAUGUGUGUUGUCUGUGGAAGGGAUAUGACUGUAGCGGAUUACAUUGGCUUCGCCGACUCGUCCCGUGCGAACAUACAGAUGACCCAUUCGGCCAAUGGCCCUACGGUAUCGCUGGAAGAAGCGGAGCGAAUUGAGCGGGAGAAUAUUCAGGAGUUACUCCAGGCUCGGAAGCUCACACUCAUCGUUGACCUUGAUCAAACGAUUGUCCAUGCAACUGUUGAUCCAACUGUGGGCGAAUGGAAAGCAGACGGUGCGGCUUGGAAAGCCCGGCAUGUAGAUAAACCAGAUGAAAACCCAGACGACAUUUGUAACCCUAACUGGGAUGCACUCGAAGAUGUCGCUGAGUUCAAACUCAAGAAUGACUCUUUCAGCAAGACUCCGGAGCACGAGGGACCUACUUACUAUAUCAAGAGGAGACCUGGCUGGCAAAAGUUCCUCCAAGAUAUGUCGCUCAAGUACCAAAUGCACGUCUACACGAUGGGCACUCGAGCUUAUGCAGAAGAAGUGUGCGCUUUAAUUGACCCUAAAGGCGAUAUAUUUGGUCGACGACUGUUAAGUCGAGACGAGAGCAACAACAUGACUAGAAAAAGUCUUGAGCGACUCUUUCCCUGCGAUACCUCUAUGGUAGUCGUCAUCGAUGACCGCGCAGACGUCUGGGAGUGGAUACCAAACCUCCUCAAAGUCGUUCCAUUCGAUUUCUUCGUGGGCAUCGGGGACAUCAACGGCACAUUCCUGCCUAAGAACAACAUUCUUGGCCCAGGAAAACCCGAAAAGCCGGCUGCAAAACCCAAAGGACUAGCACCCGGAGGGGAUCCUGAACCUCCACCUGAUCCUGACGCCACAACGGCAGCUGCGAAUCAAGCAAAACUCGCGGAGAAGGCAUUAAUCCAAGAAAACACGAUCGCAUUGGAGGCACAAGUUGAAGAGCGGCCGUUGGCAAAGAAACAAGAAGAACUCCAACAUCCAACACCUGAAACAACACGUCCCAUGACAGCAGCGCUGCUGAAGGAUGACGACAACGAACUCGUUCGUAUUCGCCAGUUGUUAGAGGAGGUACACCAAGAAUUUUACACCGUCUACGAAAGGUCAAGCCAUGAGACGCUUCCCCCGCCACCGGCUACCAGUAGGCGGAACGGUCCAACCAAACCGAAGCCACCUUACGAUGUCACUGAAAUAAUGCUGCGAAAACGCGCUCAAGUUCUCGCGGGCGUUCACCUCGUUUUUUCUGGCGUCAUCCCGCUUGAUACAAACCCACAAACAUCAGAACAUUGGCGGUUAGCGCGAAUGUUUGGAGCAAAGUGUUCAACCGAAUUGACUCCCGAGACGACACAUCUUGUUUGUGCUAAGCCCGGGACCGUCAAAGCGGAUACAGCCAUGCGGCGAGGCGGAAUCUACGUCAUUCGAUCUGAGUGGUUUGCUGAUUGCCUGAACCUCCUCGCACGGCAAGACGAAACUCGAUAUCUUCUUGAGGGCGUGCGAGCCCCAAUACCCACCGUGGGUGUAUCAGCUAACCCCUCAUCGACCGCCGCUCCAACGACAAUAGAAAAGGAGGACGAAGACGAAGAAUGGGACGAGUCCAGGCCAGCCGACGGAUCACUUGCGCUUGAUGCCAUCAACUGGGACGAUAUCAACGACGAAGUCGAUGCUGCGAUGAACGAGAGCGACGACGAAGACGGGGGCAAGAGUGAGCGGAGUGUGAUGUCGGAAGACGAGUGGGAUCGAGACAAUAGCAGCGCGCCAGGAACGCCGUCACGUGGUAAGCGGAAACGUCUAAGGAGUGUUACGCCGUCAGAAGGAGGCUCGCCGCUGAGCAAGCGCAAAAAGCUCACUGGCGCGUCGAAACUAAAGGAGGGGGUCACCGCCGACGACCUAUCGACAGCGGCUUUCAAGAAGCUGCCUCCAAUAACGACUGAAGGGCUUCCUCCCACUGUCGCAAGCCUAGCAUCCAAUGUUUCUGAUGGCGAGGACGACUCUGGAGAAGAAGAAGAUGAUGAUGACGGUGAUGACGAGGAAGACGACUUCCUUGCACGAGAACUGGAGGAAGACUGGGGAUAG